AGCGGGAGAGGAGGGAUGGCGGGUUUCUAAGGCCAGUUGAUUGAGCAACGUGACGCAGUUGGCCACGCCUCACAGUGGUUGCGUUCCAACUUCCUGCUUCCCCGAACUUAGCUCAGCCGACCUCUCUUCUGUUUGUACCCAACAGAAAAAUGUGGGCCCGACUCUGGCCUCGGCCUAUGCUUGCAACUAUUCCCGCCCUCUACUUGGCCGGAUCGGAGGCGUUCUUACCGUUAAUUGGCCGCUCAAACGUCUAGAAGCAUAUUGAUUGGCUGGUGAUACCGCCUGUUAGGGCUCAACGGUCACCUCCCCGCGUGCGGGGGCGGUGCCUGGACCGGGCCCUACCGAGCUGCAACUGGCUGUGGAGAACGAUCCCUCCUGUCUUCAUUGGCUGGGCCUGGCAAUCUGUCCCGUGGGGCGCGGUUUAGCAGGACUUCUAUUGGGUGGCACGAAUCGCCUCCCUUCCGGGUGGUGAUGCUGAUAGGUGUAGAGGCGGGGUUUUUGAGGAUUUUUUUUUUUUUUUUUUUUUCCAGGUGGGUACAACAAAGCUGAGAACUGAUCCCAUUCAGGCUUGUUGAGUCUAAGCCGUAAUUUUUUCCUUACUUUCUUUGCUCGGUAGAAGGGCCUUAAAAGAUCAUUUAGGAAACCCCUCCCCACACGCUUUUUACAUCUGAGUAAACGAAGCCUAGUGGUGUCCCCAAAGCCACUUUGCAAUGGCAGAACCAGAAGUACACAACAAGUCUAAUUCAACAGUUGUUUAUUGACUGCUUGCUACGUGCUGGUUGCUAGGGAUUAAAAAAUCAAUUAGACAUGAUCCCUGGUAGAGAAAACAGAUGUAAAUAACUAAAAGGAUCUAGUACAUGCUCUGUUUAGAGAUAGAUACAAAGUGUUGUGGGAAAGGAGGUGUGGGAGCAGUUCAGUCUGCUCUGGAGGAAGAUGGGGAGUAGGUUGCCAGAGAGAAGGGCAGAGUUCCAGGAUCAAGCCAGGGAGGAGCGAGAUGAUCGGGGACGCAAAUAUCCCGGUAAUUGGGCUUGAUGAUUAAGAUUCCACCUUCAUCCCACUGAUUCUCUGUGAGUCUUUCCCAUGGCCUCAGUUCAUUUCUGGGCCGAGCUCAUUCUGAUUACCCUUAAGCUGGGGCAUAUUCUUGCUCGUUUUUGCAGGAAUUUUUCUCUUUGUAGAGGCUUUCAAAUAAAUAUUUACACUUUAUGAUGUCUCCUAAAAUGAGCUAAGUUUUAGGUGGUAUUUAUGUUAAGGCUCACCAAAUGCAGGAAUAGUAUCAGUGCCUUACAGUAGGUCCACAGUUCCCCUCCUGCAAUUCCCAAAUACAAAGGACGAGUGUUUUAGUAACUUAUUUGCUGACAAAGCGUGUCCUAAACUGUCUUGAGGCUAUUUAUGGUUUUUAUAGAUCAGUUUAGUGUGAUUGUUUAUGUAUUUUGCUACAGAAAUAGUAAUGUGUUGCUUAUGGAGUAUUUGUAGGAUCUGUGCAAAAAGAUUUUCCUUUCCAAAAAUCUGUGCAAAAAAGUAUUUCCUUUCCCACAAUCUAAAAAAUUAUGAAUUCGAAACACAGCUGGCCCUAAGGGUUUUUAAUAAAGGAUCUGGGACUUGUAGUUUGAAGCUUUUUUUUUUAGCAAAUACUGUUUUCUCUCUGGUUUAAUAAAGGGUAUAAUGUUAAUACUUAAUUGAUAAAAGUUAUCCUUAUGGCUAAUCACUCUUGAGGAGGCUAAUCAUUGACAAAUGAUUAUUAAUUGAAAAGAUGAUAAAUCAUCAUCUCAGCGUUUGAAUACCUUCUAGUUUUCAUUUGCCAGCUGCCUUUUUCAGCACUUCGGAUAUUCACAUGGAGAAACUUCAAGGGUAGAUGACAUAGAAAGAAUUUAUAUCUUUUUUUCUUCUGCUUAAGUUCUCUUGAGAUCAGUGCUGUGGCCCAUGCUAUGUUGAAUUAGUAUAUGGUUUUUAGAAAUGUGAUAGCUGUUGAUGGAGACUUUGAACAAAAGCUACCCUAAAGUCGAAUGGGGCCUAGCAUCAACAUUUUUCUCACUACCUUGAACUUUCUAUAGGUGUGUGGUUAUGUCAGCCAGACCAUUUUCAGUUGGGUGUUUUUAUUUCUAGUUUAUGGUACUGGUCUCCAAAGGGACUUGUUUCAGUAUUAGUGAUAUUUCAGUGUUACUUGUCUGUCUUUAUUUACUUAACAAUGGUAAAUUACCUAUAGGUUAUUCCAUGUAAAUGUCUUAAAUAAAGGGAAAUUGGCUCUGGACUGGGAAGGGAAUUGUUUGUGGAAUCCUUUCUCAGGUUUGAGCUUGAUGUUUUCAGCAUCAUGGUACAUUUUAUUUCCAGUGUUAAUACAAACCCACAGAGUAAAAGCUUUUAUGCUAAUGUCUGGAUCUAUGGUGUUACAGAGGAAUGCAGGCAGUAGUUCAGAUGGAACCGAAGAUUCCGAUUUUUCUACAGAUCUCGAGCACACAGACAGUUCAGAGAGCGAUGGCACUUCACGACGAUCUGCCAGAGUCACCCGUUCCUCAGCCAGGCUGAGCCAGAGUUCCCAAGAUUCCAGCCCUGUUCGAAAUUUGCAGUCUUUUGGCACUGAGGAGCCCACCUAUUCUACCAGGAGAGUGACCCGUAGUCAGCAGCAGCCCACCCCAGUGACUCCGAAAAAGUAUCCCCUUCGACAGACUCGUUCAUCUGGCUCAGAAACUGAGCAAGUGGUUGAUUUUUCAGAUAGAGAAACUAAAAAUGCAGCUGAUCAUGAUGAAUCUCCUCCUCGCACUCCAACUGGAAAUGCCCCUUCUUCUGAAUCUGACAUAGACAUCUCCAGCCCCAACGUGUCUCAUGAUGAGAGCAUUGCCAAGGACAUGUCCCUGAAGGACUCAGGCAGCGAUCUCUCUCAUCGCCCCAAGCGUCGGCGCUUCCAUGAAAGCUACAAUUUCAACAUGAAGUGUCCUACACCAGGCUGUAAUUCUCUAGGACAUCUUACAGGAAAACAUGAGAGACAUUUCUCCAUCUCAGGAUGCCCGCUGUAUCAUAACCUCUCAGCUGAUGAAUGCAAGGUGAGAGCACAGAGCCGGGAUAAGCAGAUAGAAGAAAGGAUGCUGUCCCACAGGGAAGAUGACAACAACAGGCAUGCAACCAGGCACCAGGCACCAACAGAGAGGCAGCUACGAUAUAAGGAAAAGGUGGCUGAACUCAGGAAGAAAAGAAAUUCUGGGCUGAGCAAAGAACAGAAAGAGAAAUACAUGGAGCACAGACAGACCUAUGGGAACACUCGGGAGCCUCUCUUGGAAAACCUGACAAGCGAGUAUGACUUGGAUCUUUUCCGAAGAGCACAAGCCCGGGCUUCAGAGGAUUUGGAGAAGUUAAGGCUUCAAGGCCAAAUCACAGAGGGGAGCAACAUGAUUAAAACAAUUGCUUUUGGCCGCUAUGAGCUUGACACUUGGUACCAUUCUCCCUAUCCUGAAGAAUAUGCACGACUGGGACGUCUCUACAUGUGUGAAUUCUGUUUAAAAUAUAUGAAAAGCCAAACAAUUCUUCGCCGACACAUGGCCAAGUGUGUGUGGAAGCACCCGCCUGGUGACGAGAUAUAUCGCAAAGGCUCAAUUUCCGUGUUUGAGGUAGACGGCAAGAAAAACAAGAUCUACUGCCAAAACCUGUGCUUGCUGGCCAAGCUUUUUCUGGACCACAAGACAUUAUAUUACGAUGUGGAGCCCUUCCUGUUCUAUGUUAUGACAGAAGCAGACAACACUGGCUGUCACCUGAUUGGAUAUUUUUCCAAGGAAAAGAAUUCAUUCCUCAACUACAAUGUAUCCUGUAUCCUUACCAUGCCUCAGUACAUGAGACAGGGCUAUGGCAAGAUGCUCAUUGAUUUCAGUUAUUUGCUUUCCAAAGUGGAAGAAAAAGUUGGCUCCCCAGAACGUCCCCUCUCAGAUCUGGGGCUCAUCAGCUACCGCAGUUACUGGAAAGAAGUACUUCUCCGUUACCUGCAUAAUUUUCAAGGCAAAGAGAUUUCUAUCAAAGAAAUUAGCCAGGAGACAGCUGUCAAUCCUGUGGACAUUGUCAGUACUCUACAAGCCCUUCAGAUGCUCAAGUAUUGGAAAGGAAAACACCUUGUUUUAAAGAGACAGGACCUGAUUGAUGAGUGGAUAGCCAAAGAGGCCAAAAGGUCCAAUUCCAAUAAAACCAUGGAUCCGAGCUGUUUAAAAUGGACCCCUCCCAAGGGCACUUAAAGUGACCUGUCGCUCUGAGCCAGCGAACCCCAGCAGUAGGAAUCCGUACCCUAGGGAUCUGUCUGUCAUUUCUGUUGCUCUUGUGAUUGGCAAGUGCAGUAUCCUUUGGGAAGGCCAUCCCCCUCAGGACUGUCCUGGCUCCGACCUUCGUGUACACUGCAGACGCUGGUUCUGAGGAACUGUUGUUUCGGCCUCAGUGAGGUUGCCUGGAUGGGAUCUGUAUUAGACUUGAGUGCGGAUCCCUCAUAGCACUGACCCAAGGAGUUCUGUUAUGGUACUGUACCUGUCCAGUCACUGGUUCUCUCCUCACCUCCUCUAGCCCCAUGAGGUUGUGUUGUUGUGUCUUCUAAACUGUUUGUAAUUGUGCUUCUUGCCGCCCGGUCACCAGACCUCCGAAUAUGGUUGCCACCACCUGGACCUUUACUCCUCGCACAUGUGUUUUGUGGAGGGACAGGGAAGAGGUAGCACUUCUGAGUGUGCGUGUACUGGGAGGGGUCCAUUUCCAUUCACUUUGGAUUUCAUCUUGCUUUAGAUUUUUUUUUACUCUCUAGAUUUAUUGAAAGGCCUGUUUUUGAUCAGUAUAUCAGGCUGACCAGCGCCAAAUGCUUUUUGAAGUUUCCCAGGGAUUUGUCUUGGUAACAGCACAUAAUCAUCCGAAUGAGAUGGAAAGAAGAAUUAAGAGGUGGUGAUUCUGUAUUUUGAUUCGAGUCCACCUGUGGGCAGUGGAAUGGAUAUACUUCUGUCUUUUUGCCUCAUCAGAAAGUACCCAGUAGUAAAUAUUUUCUUCUCUCUUUACUCCCUGUCCCUUUUUUGUUUUGCAGAUGCCAAAAUAAUUUCCAUUUCUCUUUCAUGUUACAUGUUAGCUGGCUAAUUAUGCUGCAGAAACCUUUUCACCAGUACCCGUCUGAUAUAUCUCUCCUGUCCUUCCACAUACAUUGCACUGAUUUUGUCCAGUUGUCCUCAGAGAGGUAGAAAAUAAUUGAAAAUCACAUCCAUUUCUCAGCCCAUGACUCAGCAAGGCAGAACAGCCACCCCUGCCAAGGUUUGCUUUCUCUUGACAACAGUGCCUCACCAUCCCUCGAGGACUAAAGUGCUUCUCUCCCUCCCAAGAACUCCUCCUCCAUUUCCUUUUUUGGGAUUUGUCACCAUCCCCCUAUUCUCUGGUCUCCUAUUUUUGGUGUUGUUCAAGUGAAGGAAGAGAUGUUCCCUCUAAUUUUUCUCCAGCCCAUUAUAACCUGCUAUCUUGGGGCAGCUUUUGAUGUAUGACAUGUCACCCUUCCCAACUUGGUCUCUGACAACACUGCUGUCUUCACGUGGAGCCCUCACCACAUUCUGGUCAUUUGUGCCUUUCUCUUGUCAUCUCUGUACACUACUUAUAUUCACUGUGGGUUUGGGGGGGGGGUGCUAAUUUUAAGCAUGUUCAGUGGCAGCUCCCCUCCAGUUUCAGUGUCACUGUUAAAUUUAUCCAAAAGCAGCUUCACUAGGGGUUUUCUUAAGGGGUAAAGGCCUUUUACAGAAGCUAAAACCCUUCCCCACAUGUGGUAGAAUGUGCUAUUCUAUAUCUUCUUCUCAAUAAAGCAUGUUCUCUGCUCAAGUCUGUUUCAUCCAGGGGCUUUGAUUUACAUAUGAAAGUAAUGCAGCUGACCUGCUGCUCAUAGUAAAUGCACUUUGGAUUUUUUUUUUCCUAGCAGUAAACUGGCUGUUGAGGGAUGUGGUUUGUGGCUAUGGAAAUGUUUUUCUCUGUGAUAGCAGGCUAUGUAUAGAGGGUGUACUUAUUUUUAAUUUGCCUAGUUGAUGGGAUAAAUUAGAUCUGCCUCGCUUUGGUUCCAGCCACUUACGUAUGCAUAGCAGUGACUAGUCAGUAAGUUUAUUCCACUGAUUUUCAGGCGGAAAGGAACCAGCAGGAAGUUAGGAGAGUUGGGGGUACAAUUGGUACUUGUGGAGGUGGGAAGAGGUGAAUCCUUCUCAUCUCUGAGCUCAUUUGCCUUAGUGAGCAGUCGCCUCUAAACAUGUUUGACUCCAAGUUGACAUGAUUGUUUCUGAAAGUAGUGGUAUUUUCCUGUAGGAUUUACCCGGUGCAGGAAAAGGUAGACAGGAGCAGGGCAGGAAUUUGCUGAUAUGGUUUAGUUUUGUUCAACAUGGCCAGUAGUGGUGAGCAGCUAUCCCAGUGGACAAGCGGAGGGCCCUCCUUUGUGUGUCACUCACGGGGGGCGGGGAUAGCAUGGAGAGAACCUGAAGGUUACAAAAAGACCCUUCUUUCACUCUUCUGUUCUUAAAAUCAUGUCUGCACAAACCUCCCUGCGCUAGAUAAUUAUAUUAAAAGGAAAAUCGGCCUUUUUAAAAAAGUAUCAAAGGUAAUAUGGACCAUAAGAAUGAAAUGCUGAGAUGUGAAGGCACUUGAAGUUUUGUACACAGUCCUGCUCCCAUGCCUCCACUGAUCUCUGCCCCUUUUCCUCACCUAAAAAUAAAAGGAAAAUUUCUCUGCUUUAAACCCCUUACAAGUAUGGGAACACUGUUCCCUUCGCUGGGCAACUUAGAGUAAGGCCUGUCUGUCCCCUUUGACUCCCUUUUAUCUGCAUAAAAGUAGCUCAACAGCCUAAACUCCUUCAUUUGAAGGGCAAGUCUGGAGUUUGUUUCUGGAUCUAACUCCUGAAACCUGCUUAGUGGAAGGAAGCACCUAGUCUAUUUCUGGAGGAAGAGAAGAGGCCUGGCAUGUGCUGGCUGCUUCUGUAGGCUCAGCACUGUGCUAGGUGCCUUCACACUGCCUCACUUGGCCCUCCUGUUAGCCCUGUGUUCACAUGGUGGUUUUGCAGAAGGAAACCUGGAGCCCCCAACCAAGGGGAUGAAGUAAGCAGUAAAGCCAGAAAUUUGUUCUGUUUAGUGCAUUUCAGCACUCUUCUCUCUACUUGCUUCCUCGACUUUCAUUUCCUUUAUAAUUACUCAUCCUCUCCCUUCUAGUUUUCGUUGCUUCUGCCACAGGCACCCAUGCUCCUAGUAACUUCCAUUGCGAGGACAAUAGUGAAACCAGUGAAAACUUACAGACCAAAGAAUUGAUUUUAGUUGAUCCUGAAAGCAGUAAAUGGGACCAGAGAACAAAAGAUGUGCCUCAUUCGGCUCUGCUUCCUGUUUCUAAUCUGUGUAGGAAUGAACUGUUUGGCAAAUACUGUCCCUUCGCUACACGUGAUUUCAUUCAGUCCUCCCAACAGUAUGACCCUUUUCCAGAUGAGAAAAUAUAUGUGGCUCAUAGAAGUCUUGCAGCAUUACAGAAACAGGAUGGGAACCCUGGUUCUCUGAUUCAAAUCCAACUCUUGACAAUACUGUCAUGGAGCGGUAGAGCCCUUGUCUGGUCUUUUGAUGUCUCUGCAUAUUGUUUGUGAUCUGCUGGUAACCAAAAAGUCAACAAUUUGAGCCCACUCAGCAGCUCCGUGGAAGAAAAGGCCUGACAGUCUGCUCUCAUAAAGAUUACAGCCAAGAAAAGCCUACAGAGCAGUUCUCUGUAACACAUGGGGUUGCCAUGAGUUGGGAGCAGACUCUGAGUUAAUAAGAUACUCUUUUACGUGGCGAGAUGCUUUUGACUGGUCCUCAACUUUGAUUUUUCUUAGUUCUGGAGCAGGUUGUGUUCCUGGCCUUCCUUGUGGCUAGGGUUAGGUAUGAAUUAUCUUGGAGUUGUCCAUGUCAAGCCAGUUGGUUAAGAUGAAGAUUGGAGGUACAUAUGAACUAAAGCCAGUAUGCAACAGUGACCACAACUUGCGUACAGUACGCUUUCCUUCUGGAACAUGAAACAAAUGAAAAUUAGCUUUUUAAAAUACAUAUUAUAUCAGUAACGUCACGGGUACUCACACAUACCUGCCUUUACUCCUUUGAAGCAAUCAGUAAGUCAAAUGACAUUAAAGAAGCACUGUUUUUAUGAGGUGCUAGGAUCAAGCAGCAUAGCUCUCAGCAGUGAGAGCUGCUCUUCUGACUGCUUUUGAGACUGUUCAAAGCAUUAGGUCUUUUUUUUCUUUUAAUGCACACAAAUUUGUUCAGGAGAUUGUGCCCUUGAAGUCCGUUCUUCAGCAUGGUGUUAAACCGGUUUGAGAAGAAGCCCCCCAUGAGAAGGCAGGAAUCGUGCUUUCUGCCUACCCUCACUCUUACUCCAAGGGCUUAAGCUAGCUUCUGUCUGAGUUUAGUUUCAUUCAGUGAAGUGAAAUAACUGAAGGAAAAGGCCUGGCUCAUUGGCUCUCAACAUUCAUUCCCUUCUUUCCCAUGGGCCUCACAGGUGCACAUAUGUGCAAGAUGCUGUACAGGGUUAUGCAUAAUUUUAUGAGAAAAUAUGAAAAACACUUGUCUAAAUAAUAGUAUUGAUAUGUGUCAGGAAUUCUAGAAAUCCUUUGCUGGUCACUGGGAUCACGGAAGUGUAGACUUGGACCUCUGCUGGUUUUGUCCCAGCACUUGCUGCCACAAACUUGUAUGGCUGCCUCUUCCAGACUGUUCCGUGCUCACGGGGGCAGUGUAAUUGUCCACUUCCUUUGUGGUGUCUUUGAUAAAAUACCAAUGGCUGUCACUGAGAAGGAAACAAAGGAAUGCUUGAUGGUGAAAAAUGCCCUUGAUGCUGAAACAUUAGUGUGUCUCUUCCCUCUUGUGCAAUACCUAGGCCUUUAGAUGCAAGUCAUGCUGCCACCAUUUUGGGAUUUGGGGGUUUGUUUUUGCCCAAAAGUGGAGAAAAUAACCUAUGCUGUUGCACAACUUUGGCUUCAUUGCUCCCAAAUGUUCCAUGUGAAAGAUGAACACCUGCAGCCUUGACGAGUUGUGUUCAUUCCAAGAAGCCAGUCUUUGUUCUUAACUGGAUAUUUGUUUCUGGAAACAGCUUACCUUACAUUUACUUUUUUCCCAAGAUUAUCAGAAGCCUGCACUCUUGUGAAUAUAGAGGUGUGGUAGAUCAUCUCCAAAGAUGGCCACCAACAAUUCCACCCAUGCCCCCAUAGAUGUGCUGCUCCUUCCAGUAAGAGGUCUGUUUUCUUUCUUUUUAAAUGUGAGCUGGCUUUGUGACUUUGAUGAAUAGAAUGACCAGAAGUGAUAAUCUGGCAGCUUCCAUUUUUGCUCUUUUGGAAACCAGCUGCCAUGUAAAGCUUGAGCUAAACUACUGAAUGAGUAGACCAUGUGUAUGAGAGUCAACCCAGAGUUUCAUGAGAAAUAACUAUUUUAAACCAUUAUGUUUUGGGAUGAUUUGAUACAGACCAAUGAACUGUGCUCUAUAGGGUUUUCAGUGGCUGCUAUUUUGGAAGUAGAUCACUAGGCCUUUCUUCCAAGGUGCCUCUGGAUGGACUCGAACCACCAGCUUUUUGUUAGCAGCCAAGCACGUUAACCGUUGCACCACCUGGGGAUUCCCAACUUUGAAAAUAAGUUAGCUACUGGGGGAGAAAAAGUUAAAUAUAGGCAAUCUCUGCCUUACGACAGGGUUCUGUACCCACAACUCCGUUGUAAAUCAGUUCUUAUGUAAAUCAAAUGCCUCUUUUGUUUAGUUUUCAUUUUAAAACAUGGCAGUGUUUUGAACAGUAAAUCAUAAAGUUGAACUUUUGAGAGUGAACAUCUGAGAAUGAGAACACCAGCAAAUUACGCACUGCAACAUUGUAUGUAGUACAUAUUACUAACAAUAAUAUGUAUCAAAAAAAGGACAAUUGUUAAGUGCGGUUUGUCAUAACUCGAAUAUAUCAUAAGUUGGGGACUUCUUCUACUGAUAAGUUUCUGGACAUCAAAACUUCUCAAAACCUCCAGUAAGCUAAUGGGCAUUGAGAUUUUCCAAGAGGGGAUACACAAUGUAAUAUUUUCUAAAAUGAUUUGAUCUGGGAUCGUUGUUUUUCUAAGGAGCCUCAAGGGACUGGUAUUCUGGUGAGCCAACUUUUGGGAAGUGUUUAUUUCCUGCCUAUUCAAAUAGGCCUAGCUUUCCUUGUGAAGGCUUCCUUAUAAUUCCACCUGAAACUUCCCUAUAGGAUUCAGGUAUAGACCAGGAAGUGUGAAGGUUUAGAGUUUUUGCAGUCAAGGCAUCUUGGCUCAAAUCCUGGCUCUGCCAUUUCCUAUGUACUUGAAACAAGUGGCUUAUCUUCAGCUGGAGAAUGGGAUAGCAAUUGUGAAGGUAAAAUGUCUUCCAGAAUACCUGACAUACUCAUUUAUUUAUUCAAUAAACAAAUAUUCAUUGAGUGCCAUUAAGCCUUGGAAACUGGAUAUUCAAUGGUAGACAAAAAACAUGGGACUUGCCAUGUCCUGGAGGAGACAGAUAUUAAAUGUAAUUACUAAUGUGAUCAGUGCUAUGAGGGAAAAGGACAGGGUGUUGUGAAAGUAAUAGGAGGGAACGAGUUGAACUUGGGGAUCAAGCAGGCCCAGUCUGAGGAAGGGCCUUUACCCAGGGACCUGAAAGAUGAGGAGGAGUUAGGGGAGCCAGGGGAAUAUUGCAGACAGGAGAGAGCUCGUGCGCAGCCCCCAAGGCAGACGAGCACGUGAUGUGUGUGAGUGCCUGAGAGAGAGCCCUGCAGCUGGGACAAGGUGAUUGACGGGGGAGAGGCCAGAGAGCCUUGGAGGCCACAGCAAGGAUGCCAUUUUUAACCGAGGAAACUUGAACUGUGGCUAGUUGAGGAUGAACAUGAUCCACUUUCCCAUUUUAAAAGGUCAUGCUCUGGGGAAGAAUGGCUGGGGGUGGGUGGGUGAGUGACAGGAAGCAGGGAGGUCAGUUAGGCUACUGCCCUGUAGGCAAGGGAUGAGGGUGGUUUCUGUUAACCGUGGCAAUGAAGAUGGCAAGAAGUGUAUGAACUUGAGAUUUUGGGGAAGCAGAAUCAACAACUAGGGGAUGGAUUAGAUGUGAGGAGUUGAGGGUAACGCCUAGGUUUCUAGCUUGAACGGCUGGAUACAUGGAGGUGCCUUGUGCAGAGAAGCAGAAAACGAGAGGAUAGCUUUGAGCUGCAGAUCAAGAGUUCAUUGUUUGGGUAUGUUGAGUUUGAGAACUACAAAGAUACGUGUUCAGUAGAUGGUAGCUAUUAUUCACUUCAGUUACUUGUAUUAAGUUUGGCUUCUUAGAAAAAACAAAACAAACCCACUGCCAUCGACUCAUAGUGACCCUGUAGGACAGAGUAGAACUGCCCCAUAGGGUUUCCAAGGCUGUAAAUCUUCACAGAAGCAGACUGCUGUCUCUCCUGUGAAGCGGCUGAUAGGUUCAAAUGCCAACCUUUCAGUUAGUGGCCGAGCGCUUUAAGCACUGUGCCACCAGGACUGCUUAUGGCUCCCUAGAAACAGGAAUUCCCUGCAGACAGGAAAUGUGUAUCCUUUGCCAAAACUCUCGAAGGACCUCUUACAUGCCUACAGUAUCGCUGACACUUGCAGAGGUGGUACAAAGAGAACUAAGAUGUCCCUGCCCUUGAGAAACUUUGUCUUUUAUCUCCCAUUAAUUUUAACAACAUUAUAAUACACAUUAAAUUCUGUAAUGUAAUGCAAGGCACUUGGGAACUUGGAGGAGGGAAUGACUGGGUGGUUCCUGGGGUAGGAAACCUUCACAGAGAAAUUGACCUCUGGGUAAGAAUUCACCAGAAAGGAGAGAACGGCAUGUUCAGAAACCAGAAGCUUGAGUGAACCUGGUGGGUUCGAAAAAGAUAGGACUGGAGAGCAGUGUGUGGGCUUUGCACAGAAUGAGUGAAUCUUGGCUCUCCUAUAAAGGCGUUUAGGUCUUCAAAGACAAAUUCCAAUCUCCUACUUCUUUUGUACCCCUAGUCCCAUCUGAGUUCCUAGUGAAGUGCUGGCACAGAGAGGAUACUACCUAAAUAUUUGGUGAAUUUCAUUUUUUCUAAGUGUCCAAAUAAACACCAGAAUAAAAUCUUCAUUCCUCUUUGCUGCUCCUUUGAGUUAGGUUUAUCUCAGUGGACCACCUCUUGGGACCACAGCGCUGGGUGUGGGGGGAUGAGGUCGGGGAGGCACCAGGGAUGCCUGGUAGGUUCGGGAUGGAUGGAAUGAGUAGUACAUUGAAUGGGAAAUUUUGUAGUAGUGCCAGACUCUGAGGAGGAGGCUUGGGCCACUCCAUCUGUAUAUUUUAUUUGCCCUACACUGCAUGAACAUGGUGGUGACGUGGAGAAUGAAUGCAGGGUUUACUGUCUGCAGGGAACUUGGGGCUCAUGGUAAACAGUCGGUCUUGAGAAAAAGGCUAUUUCACUAUAGGGCAAAUAGAAGAAAUCUUUGCCUCCUCUCCUUAGUGGCCUCUGCUAUCACUUAAAGCCUUACCUGGCAUCCACAUGAAGCUCCUGUGUUCUCCACCAAUCCCCAUCUUCCCCUCCAUUUAAACAUAGCCUAGGAAUACUUCCCUUUGCUCCCCCUGAAGAAUUAUAUGCCUGAGACAACUAACAGAAUCCCUUUUUUUUGGAGAGAGGGACACAAUGUUACAUAACAGUGAAUGGAUGAGCCCUCCUUUAUUGCUGAAGCCACCCAUACCACUCCCAACUCCUUUGUUCAGCACCUCAAUGCUUAGGACCUAGAUUCGCACUCUAGGAUUUCACUCUGGCUGGAGUCCUUUGUGUCCUGCCUUGCCCACAGACCACUGGGGCAGGGACAGUGGUCUCCCCAUCAUUCCUCGAGCUUUUCCCAGUGCUUAGGGGUGAGUAGUGCUCAGUGGGUGGCUGACUGCCUGUGUCCUAAAAGCAAAGCAAUUAGUUGAAGAGCCAUCAUAUACAAGAGAAUUGAUGAAUGACAUGGGCCCCAAUUCUUCUCCAAGUCAGUAGAUACAUGGAUUUUAAUCCUUAAGAUCAUGACUGUGGGUAGGAGGAGGAUGUCCUCUUUAGGAUGGAGCUUCUUAUGAUCCUAAAGGGAAAAAGGGCUCACUGCCCUCAAAUCCCCUCCACUCAAAGAUACCUGUGCUACCUCCGUACCCAGUCAGGGUCUUCCCAUUUCUCAUCUGUCUGUCAUCCUCACAUGUGUGUCAAGCUUGUUUUCCCACCCUUGUGUGGGGACUAGGUCUCAGUAUUUCUCUUUGCAAUUUGCUGACAUGUCAGGUAGGCUACUGGGCAGGGUGCAGAGCCCAGGUCAUUUCUGCCCCCAUGCCCUGAACCAGAGAAGAAGCCAUUCACUGUUCAGUCAUUUAUUGAGCCCGUGCUGGGCACAGGGGAAACAGGAAUUUGUGAGCCUUGUCCCCUCUAGACAUUGAGAUGAGAGCUCAGUGUCGAGGGAGGCUGGGUCACUCUGGCUCUCAAGGGUGACAACAGUGCAUUUAUGCACAACUGCUGCUUGAGACGGAGCAUCCUGGAGGGGAAGCCCACGAGUUCAGUGCGGGCCUGGUGUGAAACUCCAGGAUGGAGAACAAGACACACGAAGAAGAAAGUUGGCCUGGCCUGCCUGUCAGCUGGACAUCCAGGUAGGGGAAGGCGGGUCUUUGUUCUCUGGGAAGCAUGCAGUUGGGCUCUCACUCUGGACCUUGGUCCUCUCGGUCUGGAGAGCGCUCUGAACAUGGACAGGUGGUUAGGGGAGACUGUCUGUGUCCUCCACCCUUGGAGGCCUUCCACAGGCACUCCACUCAAGGCCCUCCUUUUCCCUCACCCAGGUCUCCUGUCUGUAAAUAUCCAUGGCAACAAAUUAUAAGUUCAUCGGCCAUAUAGUCCAUUAUUCAAUUGUAAACACCCCUGGAGCAUAGACAGAGCCAGCCACUCAACCCUCAGUUCCCAUUUCUAAAGGAAGGGAAGUAGUAGCAGUGUUCAGAAAUUCUCAGGCUCUCCUGGGGACAGGGAGAGUGCCCUGGACUAGGGAGCAGGAGGCACAGCUUUCAGUCCUGGCUCUGUUAUUAGCUCAUUGGGACUUUGGGCCGGUUGCUUUCCGUCACUGCAGAAUGACUUCUAACGUUCCUGCCCACACGACCCCUUGAGGGGUGUUCAUUUCUGUUUGCUACUGGGGGAAUUCCAUGACCCUUUGAAUGGCUUGAAUAUUUUGUGAAAAAACUUUUCAAGGGACAGCAGAGCACUUUCCCAUCUUUGUUCCCAAGAGGCAGUAUUGGAAUGAGCAGGUGCUUAAUCAGGGAAGCUAGGGUGGGGCCA